UUCAGGUUGGACGCAAGCACGUUCUGUACCUUUUUGCAGUGAACAUAGUAACAUUUAUCGAGUAACCGUGUAACACCCUGCACUCAUACCCUGUUUCAGUGCUCAAAGUGCUUUUCUCUUGCAGUAAAAUGAGGAAAAGAGGUGAAUAUUUCUUGUGCACAAGAUCUUUUCAAAACCUAAAACAAAAAAAUAUUUGUGAGUGCUUGGCUACGGGAUCAUCAGGUCGGUAGAUACAAUAUUGACAUUACAGUGUACAAGGUGUAGCACAUCGUAUUUAUAGAACCUAUCGGAAGUUGGAUAAAAGGGGAGAAUAAAGUACAAUAGCCAUUGCAGGUGAGGUUCAAGCUCCUUCGGCCGAGAGGGAACAGCAGGCACCCACUUCCGCUCCUACUUCCUCUAGUACGAAACGCCGUAGUACAGUGUCAAUAACGAUCUACAAAGCUAUUUUAUACUUUUUUCCAAUAGCUUUAGAAUUCAAGUUAUAACCGUUGCGAAUAGAAGAAAUAUCUUGUUUAAAUGGAACAUACCAGAUUGUGUCAAUUCGCCCGGUACAAAGAAAAUAAAAUGUUUGACGAAUAAGAGGAGCGCAAGGAUCGGGACGCAGUGACCGUUGCGGCAGGUGUGGAUCCUCGCCCGAGACGUUACACUUGGCAGACGCUGUUCGACCGUCAACAAAACAAUACUUUGAAAUAUCCUCUAGGGUCAGGAUGUGACUUACAGGGGCCUCUGUCAUUUCGCCCAUCGUACUUCUGACAACGAGUUCCAACAAGGCAAGAUGAAGAUGCCUCCAGUACUCUUGGCUCUCCAAGAGAGUGUGAAUGAAGCAGAAGCUGACCAAAGCAAGAAAAUGGCAGCAGAAACAACAACUAUCAGCCAGCAACCUCUCAAUCCAGAGCCUGAAGGACUUCCUCCCAUUAUCCUGGGCAAGCAAGGAGAUCAAGCAGUGUCAGCCAAUGGAAGUGUGGACAACAGUAUAGAGGCAAGAAUUCUGGAUUCCAACACUGAAGCCUUUGUACCAGUGACAGAAGAUAGUACAGGUACAGAUUUUGACAGUGAGAUCGUUUCCACAUUACCGACUACUUUAGCAGAAACCACAAGACAAACUGCAUAUAAUGAAGUUUAUUCUCUAUCCAAUUUAGAUAAUGAAAUGAUGAGGGAAAGUUCUGGAAAUUUCAGUGAAGUAGAGUCUCAGGAAUUUCAAAGUACAGAGUAUGCAGAGCUCGAAACCAGUACACCACCUAUCAGCAUAGAUUUCACAAAGGCUACCAUGUCAGACACUGAAAUAGUAACCAGUGAUUUUGAUGAUGAUUCAGAAAGACUAACUACCGUAACUGCAGUUGAAUUUGAAACUGUAACUGAUAGAACUUAUCUCGUCCUUGAGGAUACAGAUAUUUAUGAAAGUAAUACUGUAACUGAUUCAGGUGAUGGUGAUCAUACCAGUAAUACCAGUACUGAUAUGUUCACUGUAACUGACACCUCAGGACCAUCUACUACCAUAUUAUUGGACAUUCCAAAGACGGAAGUUCCCAGGAAUGAGUGGAUGGUGGAUGACGUAGUAAGUAAGGAUAUUCUUCUUGAAGCUUCCCCAACUGCAGGUGUAGGGGAGGUAACUGAUGUUCCUGUGAUUGACCCUUCAAAACUUGACUUUAAAAUUGUAACAACAAGAAAGGGGCUGCAAGUAGAUGCCCAUGAUACUACAUUUGACCCUAGUCAAAUUGCCAAAGCAACAAGCUAUGUAGGUUCUUCAUACUCCACAGCAACUAGAAGUGCAACAGUAACCACUUGGGUGGAUCCUGAUGACAAGAAUGUUCUCACUCAGAGGCAGUCUAAUUCAACAAAUAGCAAGACUUCAGAUGAAAUAACACAUUUGAAAAAUUCAGAAGAGGCAAAUGAAGAUCCUAUAAUACCUAGUCAUGCCCUUUCAGAGAUAGCAGGAGACAACUCGGCACUAAAUGAUUCAGAUGGCACCCUUAUAAUGCAGGAUCAACCUGAAGUUAGAAUGGUUCCUGAAGAUGGUAAUAAAAUAACUGCAGACAAGUACGUUUAUGUUUCAAGACAUGAGAUGUCUGAUAUUGAUGACAAAUACAUCAAUUUGAAGAAUGAAAAUAUUAGUAACUUUAGAGAAAUAUCCAAUCAAAAUUACUCAAGUGUGCCUAAAAGUGAAGUUCCAGGAGCAGACUCUCCAAAUAAUACAUCAGAUAGCAUACCUAAAGAAGCUCAUGGGUAUCAUAACCUUACUUUCAGACUGGAGGGUCUUCCAAUGCAAGACAAGUCAAAUUAUUCAAAUGAUGACAAUAUUAAGAAUACAACAGAUUUAUUAUAUGAAUUGCCAGGACCAAGUGUACAGAAUAAUACUGAAGUUUACUUUAGUACUUCAGUAGUAAUUGCUCUUUCAGUAUGUUGCAGUGUUGUUUUGCUUGCAGGUCUCGUGACAUUUACAUUAUGGUUAUGUCGUAGACAUAGAAGUAGAAGUAAAAUAUAUCUAAGUCGUGAAGCUGUAAAACCAAGAGCAUUCUUCACAAAGCCAAUGAAUCCUGCACUACUCCCAGAUGAAAGCAUUAGAGACCCACAGUAUGUUUUGGAGUUCCAGAGACCUAGGGCACCUGUAAUGUUGGGUAAUGACCAAAAAAAUAUAAUUUUCAAGUCAGAAAAAUCAGAGGAUCUUGGCUUAGGUUUAGAAAAUGAUGGUUUCACUGAUAUUCCUCUUGAAGAUCUCAAGAUUGAAGGCUAUAAAAAAAAGAAGAGACACUCACAAGAUCCACCAAAAUACAGUUCCAAAGCUAAAAUGGAAAGUGACACAGACUCUGGAAUAAGAGUUUGGUCAUCAACAGGAUCCUUGUAUACUGCCUCACCCCAAUUAACACAUUGUUCAGUACCACCACCACCUUACUCUCCAUCUAUUGGGGAGGAACCUGUGUGUCUGUCAGUUCAUUCACUUCCUUCUCUUUCUAAAAAGUUAGGGUUAAUAGAUUUGUAAUGGUCAUUGUUUGUGUGUUCAUAUAAGUCAUUUAAGAUGUGAUAUAGUGUAAAGGUAUAUACAAUAUAUAUAUAUGUUCCAUUGACUUGCCAUCUUGGAAGAUUCCAAGACAGUAGGACCAUACAAAACUUGAAUGCAACUAUUCAAAUGUUAGUUUAAAUAGUUAUGUCUCUAAUCUCAAAUUGUGAUAUUCAAAAUUACAAAGAAAUUCUGGAAGGAUCAAAUCCCUGUAAUGAAUUUAUUCUAAUUUGGCCCAGGUACAGUGCAAGUAGUUAGCCAUUAAAAUUUUCUAUAAAAAGUAAAGACUGUUAUUAACAUUGUAUUUUAUAACUUUAUUUAAAACAGUUUUGCUAAACAGAUGUUCCUAAUUUAUAUACAUGGGUUUGCUUAUAAAAAGCCAGUUGCAUUGCUUUAAGUUUCUUUUGGAAAUUUGUUAUAAGGUGAAUAUUUGCAUUCUUUUCACUUUCAUUCACCAGUAGAGUUUGCUUUUUGGGAAAAUAACUUCUGAUGGUUACAUCUUAUUUUUCUUGUGUGUCCUUUUUUAAGUGUAGAUGUAUCAAGUUUUGGUUCAGUCUAAAAACAAUUUUUGAUUACGGAGUGGUAUGAGUCAACCAAAUCUUUAUAAAUGUUAUGUAGAGUAAACAUGCUUUAAAAAAGACAACAAUAAAUAAUAAUUAUUGGUUUCAUUGGUAUCCAGAUAUAUAUAUAGAUAUAUAUAUAUGUCUAAUGUAAACAAUCAUACACACAGGGAGGUUGUAGGGUCAUUGCUUAAUUACAGUGUUUUCUGAGUCAAGUUUACAAGUUUGUUUACACCGUUACCUUUGACUUAGGCUGUUCAAUACACAGCUCAAAAUUUUGUUAUUUUUCCAUAAUGGUACAUAACUACUCAGCAUUAAACAAAUAUGCAUGUUAGUACACCUGGAACCUAAUGAAAAGUUUUUUAAAUUGGAGCUCAUAUGAUAGUGGCAAAAAGCUUUGCAAACACUCCUUUUGCUAUCCUUGAAUACUGCUGUUUUCUGAAGAGCUAACACAAGUAGUAUGAAAAUGCAAUGCAUUAUUUCAUUUCUCAUAUAUUUAUCUGUUAUUUAUUUAUCAUUUUUAUUUUUAUUUUUUUUUUUUAUUGAAAAAUAUCAGUUGUUACAGGAUAUCACUGUCUCUGGAAUUUCCCCUUACCUAUAUGUUUACUAUGGGGUGUAAUGCUCAUGAUGAACCAUUACUAGGAUACAAGUAAGCAAGAGAAGUACUUAAAAUCAUAUGGUGUAAAUUUGUAGUUUUCAAUGUACAGAUAGUAAUAUUGAUGAAGUGCCACAGUAAUCGUUUUUGCUGUACAUUGCUACUUUUGGGUUUCAUUGUCAUCUGCAAACCAAAGACUAAGUAAGCUCUUUUUUAUUUUUUAUUUUAUUAUUUUUCUUCUCCAUCUGUUGGGUUAGUCCUUUCAGAAUAUCAAAGAAAUACCUCAGCAUGUACAUUCUGUAAAUAUUUAUACUUCUAAGGAAAGUUACAAUUUAGCUUUUUAGAUAGGUACAGUUUCCAUCCAUUGUUACCAAAGCCAUGUUACAUUUCUUCCCCAAUAUCUUUUGUCAUUUUUACUGUUAAUAUUAUACAAAUGAUGAAAAUAAAAAGUUAUUAUACUGCAUUCUAAUGUUUAGAGUGCAUUGAUUCUUGGGUAUACUUUUGAUGUAAAGUGUCCUGUUGUGUUUGUGAUAUAUCUAAAAUAUAUGCCGUAUCAACAGCCAAGGUACUUUGUAUUGUGAUGUAUCAGUAACAUUUAUAAACAUACAAAACAAUAACAUUUUUACUUUGUUAAUGUAAAAUAAAUUCAUGUUUGGUUAACAGUUUGUAUUGUCACUUGCCAGUAUGAAGACUUGACAGUAGACAUAAGCUUGAAGUACCUGGUAUUAUUAAUGCAGCAUUAGAGAAUAUUUUUAGGUUUCUGUAAUCUUCAGAUGUAGCUGGAGUCUAAUAAUUAUAAAGAAAAAGGAAA